UAACAGUUUGGAUGUAUUAAUUGUAGUUGUUUUAAAACGGUCCGUAUUGUGUAACUUUUGUCUAAACAACCACAUUGUGCCAAGCAGAAUCACAUUAUAGUAGUGCAGCUAUGCAGCAUGGUCAGCGUCCCAUAUUUGUUUGUCCCGCCAGUUGCUCAUAUUGGCCUUGCAGCGGCGCGCGAGAGCAUGAGUAGACGAAAGGGGCCCCGCGCACGCGCUAUUAUUGUUUUGACUGAAAAUGCCGUCGGUUUCGAAAACGGCGGCGAGCGCUUCUCCUCAAACCGAGAAACCAACCCACUAUACAUAUUUGAAGGAGUUCAGGACCGAACAGUGCCCGCUGUUUUUGCAGCACAAAUGCACGCAGCAUAGACCCUUUACGUGUUUCCACUGGCAUUUUCUAAACCAGAGAAGACGGAGACCCAUACGGAGAAGAGACGGGACUUUUAAUUACAGUCCAGAUGUGUAUUGCACCAAGUAUGAUGAAACAACAGGAAUAUGCCCUGACGGAGACGAUUGUCCUUAUUUACACCGGACCACCGGUGACACAGAGCGCAAGUACCAUUUACGUUACUACAAGACUGGCACCUGCAUCCAUGAGACAGAUGCUCGUGGACACUGUGUGAAGAACGGCCUCCACUGCGCUUUCGCUCAUGGACCACAUGAUCUUCGUCCACCAGUUUAUGACAUAAGAGAGAUCCAGGCACAGGAAGCGCUGCAGAACGGACAGUUGGGAUCCGGGGAGGGAAUUCCUGACCUGCAGCCAGGUGUGCUGGCCAGCCAGGCCAUGAUUGAGAAGACACUGAAUGAGGACCCCCGCUGGCAAGACACUAAUUUUGUUUUGGCCAAUUAUAAAACGGAUCAGUGCACCAAGCCUCCGCGUCUGUGCAGGCAGGGCUAUGCCUGUCCCCACUAUCACAACAGCAGAGAUAGGAGAAGAAAUCCCAGAAAGUUCAAAUACAGAUCGACCCCGUGCCCGAGUGUAAAACAUGGCGAUGAAUGGGGCGAACCAUCAAAGUGUGAGAGCAGCGACAGCUGUCCGUACUGCCACUCCCGCACAGAACAGCAAUUCCAUCCAGAGAUUUACAAAUCUACAAAAUGCAACGACAUGAGGCAAACUGGAUACUGUCCAAGGGGGCCAUUCUGUGCUUUUGCACAUGUGGAAAGAAUUCCCUCCACAGAAGAGACCAUGAGCACGUUGCUUUCAGCCAUGCAGGCGAGUUCUCAGUCCAAGCUGGGCUCGCAGCAAUACCAGGAGUGUCCGAUCACCGACUGGAGCAGCAACAUGAAUUCCAUCACCAGCAGCGCUAGCAACAACGGCCAGAUAGGAAACGUGUUUUGCUCUAAUAGUACGACUGUAACGCCAAGCUCAGGAAACUACAGUUCUUUGUCCCCAAUUGGACCCAUCGGCAGGCCAAAAUGCUUUACUAAUGGUAGCUUAUGUUCAGAGUCCACCACGCCCAGUGUUUCCUCUCCGACGUCUUACUAUCCCAAAGCUCCGGGUUUUGAACGGGAGGAUCAGGCAAAGAACCAGAAGAGCCAGUCUCUGGAAAAUAAUCCAAGGUUAAUGGACCAAGAUAAACAGGCUCACAGCGGCAUGUUUUCAGUGGUGAACCCGCUAGCCUCCAGCAUAACAUCGAGCAUCACGUCCAGCCUGGCUUCCAGUAUCGGAUCUGACAGUUCAUCACCCACCACUUUAUCAACCAUGAAUGCAAAAGCCACGCCUUUCUAUCCAGGCAGCAAUACAGUGGAGUCAGUAAUAGGAUCUGCACUCGACCUUAAUUUUAGUGACAUCAAUGUUGCCUCCCUUGAUAAAGAUUUCGAGGACCAGGAUAACGGCCUUUGUUUAACAAGUCAGAGGUUAUUAGGAGGCUCCGCUCCUGUCAAUAUUCCCGGCUCUCUGGCUCGGUCUUCCUCUCUGCAUUCAUCCUCCUCUCUUUCCGCCUCCCCGCUUGGCUCAAUGUCCCAUUCUCUCUCCCAGUCUCUGCUCACUGGAAUGGCCUCCCAGCAGAGCCAGCCACAGGUGCCUCCUGUGAAAACCGAGCAUGGCCUUCUAGGAACACCCACGUCUACGCAGAAUUCCUUAGGUCUGAAUGGUGGAGCAGGAAGUAUAUGGGACUUUAUGAGUGGCAGCUUCUCUCCGAGCCCGUCUCCAGUGUUCAGCAGCCUUACUUCCAGCACGGUCGGCUCCAGCACAGACAUCUGCCGACUCCUGCGAGAACUGGACGAGGCCAAGCGCAAGAUAAAGCAAUGGGAAGAUGCCUGGCACCAAAUCAAACAGGCCUGCGAAGCGUGGCAGAAAGACGCUCACGAAGCGAAGGAACAAGCUAAAUCGGCGGAGGCGGAGCGGCAGCUUGCGGAGCAGAAGUGCGAAGAUACCGAGCGAAAGCUGAAGGAAAUUCAAAGAGACUUUGAUGUUUUGUGUCGCUCGCCGAACACGCCCCUCCUACGCAGCUACGGCGAUUUGGACCAGCUCCCCCUGUCAAAACUGCGCUCUAUCCAGAGCCAGCUGCGCUCCGACCUAGACCUCAUAGACGGGGUUAUAUAUCAGCUACAGUCAAAGAAAUGUAUAGUUUGCCAAAAGCAUGAUCGUUCCAUUGUCCUGCAGCCUUGCCAACAUUAUUUACUUUGUCAGAACUGUGCGUCUGGUAAAACAGAAUGUCCAUACUGUAAGACAAAAGUCUUGAAGUGGUGAUGUACAGCCAUGAAAAGGUACUAUUAAAUGAUUUAGCCCUUUGAAGAACUACUAAUACAUAUUAUGCUUACGAUUUCUAAAUAGCAUUUUUUUUGUGUCUUUCAGUAUUUCAUAUAGUGAUUAAAUCCAAUAGUUUUAUUAGAAUCUAAUAAGUGGUGUUUGACUGAUACGAAUCAAGUACUUAAAUGCAAUAUCAGCUAGAUUGUCACGGAGCAUUAAUCGACUUCCCCUUGGUUAUUAUCGUAUUGGUAGUUUGAUGGCCCUGAUUCGACUGUUAAAAAUGAUUUCAUCGGUCAGACAUCAUUGUCGCUAGUAGCUACGUGAAGACGAUUCAUUUUUUUGUUAAAAGCACUUUGUCGACUUGGAAAAUUGUCUUGAGGGUCUCUUAGAAAUUUUGCUUUGAGCUGCUUUAUAGCUGUUUUCUCGUUACUUUUUAUUUUCGUAGAUUUAUAUAUAUUUUUCCCAAAUACGCUAAAGUUUGAAGCUUUCGUGUGUACUGUGAAACAUAAUAGAAUAUUUCAUUUUUCUUACUCUUAAAUCAUGGUAUAGUGUAUAUAUCUUGUUAGUUUUCAUAUAAAAUAGUUCAAAAUAGUAGUUUUUACUUUAAUUAUUACUUCAAGUUUUCAAUCAAAUAAGUGCAAACUUUGGAUGCAUUUAGGCAUAACCAGCAGCUGUAAUAUCAGUAAGGCACAUACUGUAUGCUAAGGCAUUUAGUCAAAUCAAUUUCUCCGUCUUAUAGUGACUAUUAUGUAGUUAGAUGAGCACAUGUGUUCUGAGGUCCUCAGCGACACAGUCGUUUUUUGGACUUCAGCCUUUCGGAUAUGUUAGGGCGUAUCUGAUUUCCGGCCACUCCCUCUUAAGUGCCUUGCCUUAAACAUAUUCAAAACAUCUGUGAAGAGUUUAGGAUUGUUGUACAAAACCCAUAGUGAGUGAAUGCUUCUGCAAAGUUUCGCAAAGUAUGUCGUUUUCAGUAGUAUCAUAGCUAAUUGGAGCAUAUAUUGGCCCAAUUGAAUACUAAAGUGUUUCCGAGGGUCGGCUAAAGUAUCGUUCCUUCUUUCUUUAUCAACGAUGGUGCUUUUUGGGUGCAGCUUCAUUAUCCUUGAAUCAUCCUUAAUUUAAGCGUGUGGGGAUAUUCAAAUCAGGAGAUUGAUGUAUUACUCCGAUUGCAAAAACUAAACUGGCUUAGUACAUUUCUGUUUGUUGAAAUGUUUAGAAUUGUUAUGCUCUGUAGUGUUUACAGACAGAAGUCAUCGGUUUUUUUUGUUCGUCUCCAAAUUCGACGGUGUAAUGUGCUUAGGUAAUCUAAUUGAAAUGACCUGCUACUGUGUUAACUUAGUUUCCUUUGACUUUUGUUUCUUGUUCCUUUCAUAUUUACGGCAGUGCGGUAAAUUGUCAGGUACACGGAGGUGCGAGUUGUUUUUUCUUUUGUAGACGGGAUAUACGGUAUUCUGAAAAAGGGAUGGUUAUCGAGGGUCUAAUUGUCCAGUCCCUCAAGUUUUAUUUCAGCUUCACGAGGAACAGACAGUGUAUAUAUUAUUUCUCUCCGCUUCUUGCGUUUGCAUCUGAAUCCACGAGGUCUGUAUGUAGCUCAUGUUCUCGACGUUCGGUCUGAUUUGUCAAAUGAAAAAAAACGAAUUGAAAAAAGUCUUUGCAUGUGUCAGUGUGUGCAUUUUGUUAACCAGCUAAAAGCUCUAGAUCACACUGCCAAAUGUACUCGUGCGGAGCUGAUGUGUCCAGUCGAUAGCUCAAAAGUAUUUCAAAAUAUUUUUGUACGAUGCUUCAAAAGCAUUGCUUGUCUUUUCUAGUCUGACCAGCGAUGGGGUUUUUUGUAAGAGGGCGACAUAGGUUGUAAAUGGAAAGCUCUGGAGCUUUGCUGAUGUUACUUUGUUGGGGGACUAGUUCCAUUGUUUGGUUAUCGGACCAUUACGCAGGAUUUAAUUGACUUAUAAAAUGUGGUUGAAAUGUUUGGGAUUUCACAUUUACUUCUCAGAUGUAGUCAAAUGUGGACUUUAUUCAAAUGAACCAAAGUGGUAUUGUAGUUUUUUUGUUUCCGAGUUUAAAUGAAGUGAUGUAAAAUUCCUAUGUCAGUUUUUCCAUGUUUAGUUUGACAGGACGACUAUGACAACUGCUUUUGCUGACAAUAUUAAUGGACUGAAUGCCCAUUUUUGUAGUUUCAACCAAAGACCUUUACUGUUAUUCUUUGUUUUCUCUAGCUUCAAUUUUAUAACUGCGUUUUCAUUUCAGCAGAGGAAGUAGUUAGGAAUAGAAAAUGACCAAAUCAUUGUACCUUAUUUACACAAUGUCAACAAAGUCCUAAUGGUAUCAUAAUUAUUUUAUAUAGAGUUGUGUUUUCUUCAGCUCCUCGGUGAAAACAUAGUAUUGAAUUGGCUGUUAUCUACAAUGGGGGAAUGUCAAAGUAAUUAAUGAAUAUUUGUGUUCAUAUUCUUAAGUGGCCAUAUGGAAUAGUGCUUAUUUGAAGUAUAUAUGAUUUCUUUUUAUACUAAUAGUACUUAUUUGUACAAUUCUCAAAUCAGUUUUGAACACAUUAGUGGUUGUGCACUACUUGUAUGCUGUCAGGAAUUUAAAUGAGUAUACUUGGCCUGUAAGGUGCUCUCUUAAGUUUCCAUUUGACUGGUGUUUGUUUUUCUGUUUAGUUGCGAUUCUUCAGAAUUUGGAUACGAAAGGAGAACUUAUUUUUAACUUUGAAGUCUGUUAUUGUAUUGUUAAAUGUUGUCUACCAUGGCUUUGAUUGUGAUGUAAAACGAGUCCCUUGUUCAUGCUAGUUGAAAUGGCUGAGACAGACAGUGGGUCACAUUUACAAAACAUUUCUUAGCCUUAAAUCUCUCGUUUUUGGCCUAGUGGAGUCAUUUAGUUUAAUAAACAGAUUUGUACGAGUUCAAAAACAUACGCAUAAAAGACACUUAUGAACAGUUAUGCUGCUUGUUAACAUUGUUGAGUUUUAUUAUUGAUCAAGUCUCUUUGGAACAAAUUUGUGCCUUUAAUAAACCAUCAUAUUGAAAGUAUUUUAUUUGAACAAAUUUAAGCUUACAAAAUGAGCCGAAUUUCAGUGCCUUGAGAUGUUUUAACCUGUAUUUCUCAAAGCACGAGCAUCCUGUUACAGAUUUCUGUAGGCUUUCCCACUGUACAAAACUAACAAUUUGCCAUGUCUUUGAAUAAUAUUAAAGUUAUGAUUCCAAUUUUCGAAACACAAUUCAGCAUGACGAUGCAUUUACACAGUACGACUGUCAGUUGUGAUCCAUUGAUGUUAUGCAAUUGUAUUUUUACCAAGAAUGUGUUAAUAGUAGCAGUUUGUCUCAAUAGUUUGUGAAGCAUGACAAAAUUAUAAAGGAAUAAUUAUUAAAAGCUAGUCAUUUCAUGUUUGGACUUCAAAGUGAUGUUCUGUGUUAUUGGUAUUCCUAAAAGUAGCUUUUCACUACCAUAAAUAUCUGUGAAUAACAGAUAGUGAAUUUUGUUUAGUACAUCUAAACCACAGCCUGAUUUUAUUUUACCUCUCUGUCUGCAUCAGCCAUUUUUAUACCAACUGUAAUCUUUAAUCCAAAAGAGGGAUAUAAUAUUUCCAUUUGUUGAUGUAAGACCAGUGAUCUGUAAUUAAAGAAGCAGCGAGGACUCCUUUGUUUAGCAAUGUGUAAAUUAUAUUGGAAAUUUGUAUCGUAAAUGCACCGCAAUGCUCUGCGGUGGAAAUAAUUGAUUUUUUUGCAUUCAUGUGGAUUUUCUUUCAUUUGUUUUCUAACUUUGUUGUCUGUCGUUAGUGUGAUUAUUGAACCUAAGGAUUUAUGCAAUCUUGUAUAUACAUAUUACAGAUGUUUAAACUGGUUAAAUUUAGAAAAACAAGCCAGGGAAAAUACCUAUUACAACAGUGAUUUUUGCUAAAACAAGCAAGCAAAAAUGCAGAAUUUUGUAACCACUGUUCCCUAUAUUUAAUGUUACGCUUAAUCGAACAUUAAAUCCCUGAUUAUUGAAUGUACCAUUCAAAUUAGAUAUAAAAUGGGUCACUGGAACACGAUGGAGAACAGUUAAUCUAUAAUAAUGUAGCAGUAGUUUUGUGAAUUGCGAUACAUUACAAAUGAAUAAAUUUAUAAGAUAAACACGUUUGCAGUUUUUAAGUUUGUGUAUUUAUCGGUGUUACAAUUUGAUGGAAAUACGAGAUGUAUUUUUCUCAGGGUUUUACAGGAGAACUGUAGAAUAGAGAGAGAUGUUCAAUUUUCAAAGUAAACUGCAACUCAGAUUUAUUUGCUGAGAUAAGUCAAAAUGAGCAAGACAUUUAUAUUAAAAGAAAGAAACAUAUCCCUUAUUUUGGUACAGUAUGCAUCAAUAUAUAGAACCGCUUAUAUUCUAAUUAGUGUUAAUACUAUACAAUUUGCUGUCAUUAUAAUUCUUUGUGUUUGUGUUGUCAACACGAGACCUUAAAACAUUUACUGGGAGUUAUGCGUUUAAGUUAUGGAGGCUUCUUUAUGGAAUAGUUUGUAUUGUAUGUUUGGAUGACAUGUAUAAGGCCAGAGAGGUUUUUCUUCACUAGAAUUACUUAAGAUGGUAUUAUUUAUAAUGCAUAAUCUUUUUCUUGUAGUGUAUCAUUUAAAAUUGUUAACACUUGUCUACACUACAGCAGUUAUGCAAUGGUUUACAGAAUUCAUGGAAUUAUUUUUAUCAUCUUGGGAAUUAAAUAAUUUUUGAUCUUUAA